AUGGGGAGUCAGGAGCCAGAGGAGCUGUCCCCCUACAUGGCUGCAUUUCAAAAAGAUGGCUCCUUCUUGAGAAAGAUGGUUCUGAGUUAUGAGACAGCUGCUAUACACAAAUCCGUGAUUUCCGUCCAGCCUCCGUGGACUACUGUCUUCCGUGGAGAGAGAGUGAAUCUGACUUGUAGUGGAUUUCACUUCUUUGCACAAGAGAAAUUACAAGGCUACCGUUGGUUCUCUGGGAAAGCACGUCCACGUGAAACUCCAGGAAAUACCCUUGAGGUUCGUGAUUCUGGACAGUACAGGUGCCAGGCCCCAGGGUCACUCCCAAGUAACACCGUGCACUUGAUCUUUUCUUCAGCCUCCCUCAUCCUCCAGGCGCCAUAUUCUGUGUUUGAAGGUGAUGAGCUGGUUCUGAGAUGCCAGAAAAGGGGGAGAGAGAAACUGGCUGUUGUGAAGUAUACUUGGAAUCGAAAAAUUAUUUCUGGUACUGAUGAAAGCUUUGAUCUUUUGAUACCAAAAGCAAGUUUAAAUAACAGUGGCUGUUACCAGUGCAUUGGAUUCUUGGAAAAUGCUCAUGUAUUGAGAACAAGUCAGACAAAUAUUCAAAUUCAAGAAUUAUUUUCACGUCCGAAGCUGGAAGUCACAGAUUCCCAGCCUAUAGAGGGGAAGCCUGUAAACCUGAGCUGCCGGACACAGCUCCCGCUGGAGCGGCCAGACACUCGGCUUCACUUUGCCUUCUUCAGAGACAACGGGGUCAUGAUCUCAAACCAGAGUGGGUCCCGGGACCUCCAGAUCACAGCCAUUUGGAGAGAAGACUCAGGAUCAUACUGGUGUGGUGCUGAAACAGUGACUGGUGGCAUCCACAAACGCAGCCUCCCACUUCAGAUUGACGUGCAGAGAAUCCCUGUGUCUGGAGUGCUCCUGGAGACCCAGCCCCAAGAAGACCAGGUGGUUGAAGGGGAGACACUGGUCCUUGUCUGCUCUGUGGCCAAAGGCACUGGGAACACCACAUUCUCUUGGCACAGAGAGGACACGAGGGAGAGUCUGGGGCAGAAAAGCCAGCGCUCCCAGAAAGCAGAGCUGGAGAUCCCUGUUAUCGGGGAGAGCCAUGCCGGGCGCUACUACUGCACAGCUGACAACGGCUAUGUUCUCAUCCAGAGCCAGGCAGUGAACGUCACUGUGAGAAGCAUCCCAGGGAUUAAAAGAAGCCUUGUUGCGGGAGGAACCACUGGGGGAUCACUCAGCAUUCUCCUGGCUGUGGCCCUGCUGUUUUACUGCUGGCACCAGAGGAAACCGGGAGACGGCUUUCAGGGAGACAUAAUCAGGAGACCCCUGACAGUAGGCCCACCAGGACCCUUCAACCCCAUGUGCCCUGCCCCUGUGGAGCUGCAGCAGUUGUACAUCAAUGUGCAUCCCAGAGAAAGAGACUUGGUAUAUUCUGAGAUCCAGAUUUCUCAGCCUGGGGCAGAAGGGGAAGCCAACACCUUCAGAACAUCUCUAGAGAACCAGCAUGUCUCAGUUGUCUACUCUGAAGUGAAGACACAGCUCUGAGAUGAUUCGGCUGGAAAGGUCAGCUCUAAAAAUGAAGAUGCCACGCAAAGCUAUGAGAAUAUCCUACUUAUAUGAUUUAUCUCUGAUCCAAAG